AUGAAUAAUCCUCACAAUUUUGAUAUAAAUAAUUUAAAAAAACUUGGAAAAAUAGGAAUAAGCAUAGGUGCAGUAAUAGGAGUAACUUCUUUUAGUAGUUGGCUUUUUAAAAAUAGUUUAUACAAUGUAGAAGCAGGAAAAAGAGCAAUAAAAUACAACCGUAUAUUUGGUUUAUCGAAUAAAAUAUAUGGUGAGGGAACACAUUUUUUAAUACCUUAUUUUGAAAGAUCUAUAAUUUACGAUGUAAGAACAAAACCAAGAGUACUAAUGUCACUAACAGGAUCAAGAGAUUUACAAAUGGUUAAUAUAACAUGUCGUGUUUUAUCAAGACCUAAUGAGAAAAAAUUAGUAGAAAUAUAUAGAACAUUAGGUAAAGAAUAUGAUGAAAAAGUAUUACCUUCUAUCAUAAAUGAGGUUUUAAAAAGUGUUGUAGCACAAUAUAAUGCAUCUCAAUUAAUUACACAAAGAGAAGUUGUAAGUAAAUCUGUAAGAGAACAAUUAGUUCAAAGAGCCAAAGAUUUUAAUAUUUUAUUAGAUGAUGCAUCAAUAACUCACUUGAGUUUUAGUAACGAAUAUGAAAAAGCUGUUGAAGCUAAGCAAGUAGCUCAGCAAGAGGCAGAGAGAAGCAAAUAUAUUGUUCUAAAAGCUGAACAAGAAAAAAAAUCUACUAUUAUUAAAGCACAGGGAGAAGCAGAAGUAGCCAAAUUAAUAGGGUUAGCUGUUAAGGAUAACCCUGCAUUUAUGGAAUUAAAAAAAAUUGAAUUAUCAAAAGAGGUAUCUAAUAUUAUUUCAAAAUGCCAAAAUAAAGUUAUGUUGUCAGCAGAUUCAUUAUUGCUAAAUUUUGUAAAAUAA